GCGAUGAGGUUCCACUCCAUCUCCGCUGCAGGAACCUCAUUCCUCCAGCUUCAUCUCUUCAUAACUUUCUCUGGAGCUUCAGCCCUCCAUCUCCGGACGCCAUCAUGACCACUCGGAGGCUCGCGCUUUUCCCGCCACUUCUGCUGCUUCUCUCCCCGCUGCUGGGAGCCGAGGCUCGGCCGCUGCUCGUCUUUCUCAUCGAUGGCUUCCGCUCCGACUACUUGAACGACCUGAACUCGCUCCCCGGGUUCCGUCAGCUGGUGGAAAGCGGGGUCAAAGUGGACUACAUGACCCCGGACUUCCCGAGUUUGUCUUACCCGAACUACUACACUCUCAUGACAGGUCGUCACUGUGAUGUCCACCAGAUGAUCGGAAACUACAUGUGGGAUCAAGAUUCCAAGAAGGAGUUCCUGAUUGGGACAAAUUCGGACAGCACGCUGCCUCUGUGGUGGGACGGGUCGGAACCGUUAUGGGUGACUCUUCAAAAGAAGGGGAAGGGGGUUCAUAUGUAUUACUGGCCCGGGUGCGAGGUCGAGAUUUUGGGUGUUCGACCAUCAUUCUGUGAAAAUUAUGUCUACAAUCCUUCACUGGAUCAAUUCAUCCGUUCAAUUGAAGAUUCUCUCGACAUCCUCAGUUCGGGCAAAGCAGAGAUGGCAGCAAUAUAUUACGAGAAAAUGGACGUGGAGGGUCAUCACUUCGGACCAGACUCUCCUCAGCUGCAAGAAGCCUUGCGUGAGCUGGAUUCAGGCAUCCAGGUUCUCAACAGCAAGAUCAAAGAUAAAAACAUGGAGGGAAAGGUGAACGUGGUGAUGUUCUCUGACCACGGCAUGACAAGCCUGAAGUGGAUGGAGAAGGUCAUCGAGCUGGAUAAAUAUAUCAACAUGGCAGACAUCGUGAAGAUGAUGGAUCGAGGACCAGUGGUCAGUCUGUGGCCGAAGGAAGACAAAUUUGAGUUGGUUCGCGCUGCUUUGGCUCGUGUCCCAAACAUGCAGGUCUACGCCCAACAGGACAUCCCUGAACGUUUCCACUACAAAGGAGGAAAGUUUGUUGCUCCUCUGACGCUGCUGGCUGAACUCGGCUGGUUCAUAGCUGAGAAUAAAGCCUCCCUCCCGUACUGGAAAAACUCCUCCGGUGAGGCCAGUGCCUGGCAGAAUGGUUGGCACGGUUAUGAUAAUGAGUUCAUGGACAUGAGGGGCUUUUUCCUGGCAUCGGGACCUGAUUUCAAGAAGAAUUUCCAGGCGGCGCCAAUACGAUCGGUGGACGUCUACAAUCUCAUGUGCAAGACACUGGAGGUGGAACCUUUGCCCAACAACGGCUCUUGGUCUCGGGUGGAGUACCUGCUGAACGGCGCUGGUGGUCCAUCUUUGGAGACAACCAUGUGGAGUGUGUGUGUCUGUUUGUUUGCCACUCUGCUGGCAGCACAGGGUUAAGUCCUCCGUGGUGGGCCAAUGAAGCAUUUCAUCCGUUCAUGUGUACAGUUCCACAGGUUCCCACUUAUCCACUGCACAAAAUACAUGAACAGUAAAGGUGCACAGACUUACGUCUUCAUCCAUCCAUGUUUGUUGGUCCUUUCACUAGUUAUGGGCUGACAAAGGGUCAUGAAGCAGGCUUUUUGAAUAUGUUUUUUUAAAUAUUAUAAUAUUAUUAAAUAUAUAAUACUUUUGUUUUUAUCUCAGUAAAAGGACUAAUAUUUUUUUAGUGGAGUCACAAAUCAUAUGAAGGUCUGGCCAAUAAUUCAAUGCAGUAUUUAUGUGACCAGAAGUGCAAUUCCGAAUAGAAUUUUCUCGCCUGCCCAUGUGAUCCUGAUUCACGCUAAGCUUUUAUUCACCUCUUCCCUUUUUUUACAAUUAAUAUUUUGUCACUUGUUGAUUUUUAUAUACAUUCGAAUGAUAGUUUAUCAAAUAUAUUUUUCAGGUUGUUAAUAAACAGGGUGUAGUAUAACAAUGGCGCCAUCUGCAGGUUAUAUGCCAUAAAACACUUUUGUACAUGUCAGUGGUACUUGCGGAAUAAAUAUCUACUCAUGUUGUAAUCCCUUUCUGAGC